GCAAAGCAAUCGGAUAAGAAAAUCUCUCAAGAAAAUCUUCGAUAUUUAAAAAAUCUCAAGCUUAGUUUCUUAUCUGUGAACGCAGUUUAUAUUCUUUAUCGAAUCCUUUUAAAUUAUAGUACUUUCACGUUCUGGUUGGGUACAGGAUAUGUAAUAACCACUGGUAUAACUCUAUUUCUUUGGAAACAACUCGUAAAUUAUGGAACACCAAAGUAUGAUGCACGUGGAACUGUUGUCUGGCCGGGUGAUGAUUUGAAUUCGGAAGGCUUAACUGCGUAA